AUGAUGCGCUCACUACGGAUUGUAUCGCACAACGUGAAUCACACACCUGCGCAAACGCACUUCGUGCUGGAGAGCUUGGUGGGAGAGUGUGACAUAUUGCUGGUACAGGAGCCCUACUACGGGCCGAUAAAGACAAUUGCGUCAAGCACGGACCCAGCAGGAGAUGUGCUGACUGGUACGCAGGUGCACGCAGCGUGGCAGCUCAUUGAGACGGGCGAGUCCGCGCGCGUGUGCGUGUAUGUGAACAGAGAGCUGGGAGAUCUCCGCCCACAAAUAUGCUCACACGUUGUGGACCAUCGGGACAUCAUCCUGGUGUCUAUCCGCAUCGACGGGCAGGUGCACCAUGUGAUGAACGUCUAUAACGACGAACACUGCACCGCACUGUCAUGGCUACUGGAUCACGCGGAACAGAUCCCGCCGCUGGAUUUGGUGGCAGGAGACUUCAACCUGCACUCAACACAGUGGGAGCCGGACGCACCGCGCGAGAGCGCGCGUGCGACUGAGCUGGUGAACCUAAUGGCCGGGUGGGGCCUAUGCCUCGCAAACGCGGACGGCGUGCCAACGCACCGCCCACACAACACCGCGCUGCGCAGCACAACACCGGACCUGCUGUGGGCUCCGGCGGACCGCGUGGCGCGGGGGGAGGUCCAGGUCAAAAUAAACUUGGAGGGGCGCGGCCUGUCCGACCAUGCGCUCCUAUGUGCGAGCUUCCCUGUGGGGUGGUGGGAGAAAAUCCUGCCAAAAAACAUCAAACGUGGCUCGAAGGAGGAGAAGUCCUUCAUCAGGGACCUGUGUGACGAAGUCGUAACAGUGCCCGCGCAAGUAGGCACAGUCGAGGAGCUUCAGCGCACAUGUGACACGGUCCUGGCAGCCGUUCAGAGGGUGUGGGAGGAGCACGCAGUGCAUCCCAAGGUAUCGUCACGCUCUAAGCAAUGGUGGAACGCAGAGUGCACGGAGGCUCGGGACGCUUUCCGAGCCGCGCGCACGGACGAGAAUCGGGCAGCGUUCAAGCGUGCCACCAAGGCCGCGAAGAACAAAUACUUCGAUGACCGCAUUGCGGCCACGUGUGAGAAG